AAACAAGGAAUUGAAGUUUUGGUAUUUGACGAUGUGAAAAAACAUAUAUAUAAAGAUCAUGAUUUUAUCGCAGUUUUAUCAGGAUUAUCAAUUCAACUUUACGGAAUGAAUAAGAAAUCUU